AUGACAGUUUUGAUGAGUUUGAUGUGCAAAUUUUCUUGUGAAGAAUGCCAAUACUUAAUAUUUGGCAAUAAAAGUUACAUAGAGUUUGAUUUGAAGAGUAAAGAUGGCAUUCUCGACAACGUUCAAUUGGUCAUCAAUAAACAACAGCUAACACCAAAACAUUUGCAAUCUGAAAACAACAUGGUUGUGUAUCUAUUGACCGGGUGCUUGAGAAACGUGGAAUAUUUUGUGUUCGUUUAUUUUAGUGUUGAAAUGCCAGAUGAAUCUAAUAACGACCAAUGGGUUGUCAUCAACGGAUUUUCAGACCAAGUUCUCAAGUUCAUAGCUGACAGAGGAGAUAAAACUCAAAUGACUUACAUUGAAAAUAUUGAUAAAUUUUAUGAGUUAAAAGACAACAAACACAUUAGCACUAUGAAGAAGCUAAAAAAAGAACAAUGUGCUGACGUUUUAGAAAAACCAAUUUCUCUUCCUGUGCCAAAGUGGGUUAAUUGUCGAAUAUUCAUAUCGUCGACAUUCCAAGAUUUAUUCAGUGAAAGGGACUUGUUAGUGAAAUAUAUUUUUCAGGAGCUGAGGUUGAGAGCUCGUUCGAUAUUUGUGAAUGUAUUUGAGGUUGAUUUAAGAUGGGGAAUCACAGAGGAACAACUAAAACACAACAAUUUUUUUCGUAUAGGAGCAGUUUUUUCGACGAACGUGAAGACACUGAAACCGGAGGGUUUUUAUAUGAUCAGAACGUUGAGAUGGUUCAAUAUGUGGAAACGUAAGCUGGCAAACUUAUGA